GAGUUGACCAGUGCCCUCCUCCAUGUGAAGCUGCAUCUGUUUGUCCAGUCCUUCACCCUGGUCUUCUUCCCUGUUGCCAUGUGGCUCUGUAUCAAACUACUGGCUCUUACCUCCAUCAACACUUGGCUGCUUCGAGGGUGAGUACAGAGAGAGAGAUUUAGUGUGGCUGUGUUUCUAACUUUAACCCAUUUGACUGCUCAGAGGGAGGGGGGGGGGGGACCCUCGGAUGUUCCUAACACACAACUACAUACUGUAUGAGGGAGCAAGCGAGGAGGGGGUUAGAGAGGAAGGGAGGAGGAGUUAUGUCUAUGAGUGAAAGAGUCCUUUAUUCAGCCAGUGGUUCUACCUUAUGGUUGCCGUGGGUGAUGUGACCUUGACAAAGACCCUGUUGUGUCUCUCUCUCUCUCUCUCUCUCUCUCUCUGUACGUGUCAUCUAGGUUACAGACGGUGGGAUGUAUGCCCCCUCCUGUCUCCUCUGCUGUCAUACUCACCAAAGCUGUAGGCGGGAACGAGGUACGAACACACACCUCAACAUACACACACACACAGAUUGUGUUUGGAAUGACACCCUCUUCCCCAUUAGUACAGUUGGACAUCGUGUGUGUUCCUUUUUAAUAAAGAAAGGUGAUUAUUUUCUUCCCUCAGGCUGCUGCCAUCUUCAACUCAGCCUUCGGAAGCUUCCUGGUAAGACCGAAUUGUCUCUCCCUAUAAUGGUGCGACGUGGGGGCCUUGAGAUAGAUGGGCAUCCUGUGGGUGUUAGUCACAGGACUUUGUGUAUCAAAAUGCCUCCCACUACAGAAACCGGAGCUAGGCUCCUUCCCUGUUGGCUGUUCUGACUGGAACGAGGCUUUACCAACUUCCUGACUGUUGAGCCUAUCUAACGUGUCCCCUAUUCUCUGUCUACAGGGAAUAAUAGUGACGCCGCUGCUGUUACUGCUCUUUGUAAGUAUUUUCUACAUGGCGCCUUCAGAAAGUAUUCACACCCCAUGGACUUUUUCCAUAUUUUGUUGGGUUACGAAUUAAAGUUGAUUUAAUUGUUAUUUUUGGUAAACGAUCUACACAAAAUACUAUUGUCAAAGUGGAAGAAGAAUUCUAACAUUUUAUUUAAAAAACAUUUAAAAAAAAACAGUAAUAUAUCUUGAUUAGAUAAUUAUUCAACUCCCCUGAGUCAAUACGUUAAACUCCCUCGUCCUUGCCGAUGACAAGCAUACCCAUAACAUUAUGCAGUCACCACUAUGCUUGGAAAUAUGGAGAGUGGUACUCAGUAAUGUGUUGUAUUGGAUUUGCCCCAAACAUAACGCUUUGUAUUCAGGACAAAAAGUUAAUUUCUUUGCAACAUUUUUUGCAGUUUUACUUUAGUGCCUUAUUGCAAACAGGAUGCAUGUUUUGGAAUUUUAUUCUGUACAGGCUUCCUUCUUUUCACUCUGUCAUUAAAUCAUUUAGGUUAUUAUUGUGGAGUAACUACAAUGUUGUUGAUCCAUCCUCAGUUUUCUCCUAUCACAACCUUUAAACUCUGUACUCAUGGUGAAAUCCCUGAGCAGUUUCCUUCCUCUCCGGCAACUGAGUUAGGAAGGACACCUGUAUCUUUUGUAGUGACUGGGUGUAUUGAUACACCAUCCAAAGUGCAAUUAAUAACUUCACCAUGCUCAAAGGGAUAUUCAAUGUCUGUUUAUUUUUAUUUUGACCCAUCUACCAAUAGGUGCCCUUCUUUGCGAGGCAUUGGAAAACCUCCCUGGUCUUUGUGGUUGAAUCUGUGUUUGAAAUUCACUGCUCUACUGGGGGACCUUACAAUUAUCUGGAUGUGUUGGGUACAGAGAUGGGGUAGUCAUUUAAAAAUCAUGUUAAACACUAUUAUUGCACACAGUGAGUCCAUGCAACUUAUUAUGUGAAUUGUUAAGCACAUUUUUACUCCUUAACUUAUUUAGGCUUGCCAUAACAAAAGGGGUUGAAUACUUAUUGACACGACAUUUCAGCUUUUCAUUUUGUAUUAAUUUCUAACAUAAUUCCACUUUGACAUAAUGGGGUAUUGUGUGUAGUUCAGUGACACAAUCUCAAUUUAAUCCAUUUUAAAUUCAGGCUGUAACACAACAAAAUGUGGAAAAAGUCAAGGGGUGUGAAUACUUUCUGAAUCAAAUAAAAUGUUAUUUGUCACAUGCGCCGAAUACAACAGGUGUAGACCUUACAGUUAAAUGCUUACUUACAAGCCCUUAAUUAAUUUUCUUAAAACUGCAUUGUUGGUUAAGAAAAUAUUUACUAAAUAAACUAAAGUAACACAAUAAAAUAACAAUAACAGGGGUCAAUGUGCUGGGAUACAGGUUAGUCACAGUGAUUGAGGUAACAUGUACAGUGCAUUCAGAAAGUAUUCAGACCCCUUUACUUUUUCCACAUUUUGUUACAUUACGGCCUUAUUCUAAAAUGGAUUACAUUUGAUUAUUUUCCCCUCAUAUCUACACACAAUACCCCAUAAUGACAAAGCAAAAACAGGUUUUUAGAAAUUUUCGCAAAUGUAGAUUUUUAUUUUUAUUUUUUUAAAUACAGUAUUUACAUAAGUAUUCAGACCCUUUGCUAUGAGACUCGAAAUUGAGCUCCUUGAUGUUUCUACAACUUGAUUGGAGUCAAUGUACCUGUUACUUUAUCCCAGCCCCUAAUACUGCUACUGAAAGGGUUUUAAAAACCUAUCAUGGAGACACAUCCUCAUCCCUUGUUCUUCUCUCCCUCCAGCUGGGCUCGUCAUCCUCCGUUCCUUUCUCCUCAAUCUUCUCUCAGCUCUUCAUGACUGUGGUCGUACCUCUCAUCCUAGGACAGGUCAGUACACAGGUUAUAAACCCUUUAUUAACCUGCUAUAAACCCUUUAUUAACCUGCUAUAAACCCUUUAUUAACCUGUUAUAAACCCCCUUUUAACUGUUAUAAACCCUUAUUAAACCCGUAUAAAACCCUUUAUUAACCCUUAUUAACCGUUAUAAACCCUUAUUAAACUGCUAUAAACCCUUUAUUAACCUUAUUUAAACCCGUUAUAAACCCUUUAUUAACCUGUUAUAAACCCUUUAUUAACCUGUUAUAAACCCUUUAUUAACCCUUUAUUAACCUGUUAUAAACCCUUUAUUAACCUGUUAUAAACCUUUUAUUAACCUGUUAUAAACCCUUUAUUAACCUGCUAUAAACCCUUUAUUAACCUGCUAUAAACCCUUUAUUAACCUGUUAUAAACCCUUUAUUAACAUGUUAUAAACCCUUUAUUAACCUUAUAAACCUUUAUAAACCCGUUAUAAAACCUUUAUUAACCUGUUAUAACCUUUAUAACCUGUUAUAAACCCUUUAUUAACCCUUAUUAACCUGUUAUAAACCCUUUAUUAACCUGUUAUAAACCCUUUAUUAACCUGCUAUAAACCCUUUAUUAACCGGUAUAAACCCUUUAUUAACCUGCUAUAAACCCUUUAUUAACCUGUUAUAAACCCUUUAUUAACCUUUCUAUAAACCCUUAUGAACCCGUUUAAAACCCUUUAUUUAAAUGUUAUAAAAACCCUUUAUUAACCUGUUAUAAACCCUUUAUUAACCUGUUAUAAACCUUAUUAACGCUAUAAACCCUUUUUUAACCCGUUAUAAACCCUUUAUUAACCUUUAUAACUGUUAUAAACCUUUAUUAACCUGUAUUAACCUGUUAUAAACCUUUAUUAACCUGUUUUUAACCUUUAUUUAACCUGUUAUAAACCUUAUUAACCGUAUAAACCUUAUUAAAACCCGUUAUAAACCUUUUUUAAACCCUUUUUUUAAAACCCUUUUUUAAACCCUUUUAGACUAUAAAACCCCUUUCAAAUUAACAAGUGGGGACUUUUUAAAAAACCCUUUUUAUUAAACCUUUAGACUAAUUAACCCUUUUUUAACCGGGUAAAAAAUUAAAAAGAAAAAAAAAAAAUUAAAACCGGGUUAGACUAUAUAAACCCCUUUAUUAACCUGGUGGGCUUUAUAAAACCCUUUUUUAAACCCUGGUUGGGACAAAAAAAAACCUUUUAAACCCUUGGUGACUAUAAAAACCCUUUAUAACCGGAGACUAUAUAAACCCUUUUUUAACCGGGUUUAGCUAUAAACCCCUUUAAACCUGGUAAAAUUUAUAUAAACCCUUUAUUAAUGGGGGGACUAUAAAAAAACCCUUUUUUAAACCCCUUUUAUUAACCCCGGUUAAACCCUUAUACAAAAACCCUUUUUUAAACCCUUUUUGGUUUAGACUAUAUAAAACCCUUUAUUAACCGGGGAAGACUAAAAAACCCUUUUUUUAACCGGUAGACAAUAACCCCUUUUUUAAACCUGGUGGGGACUAUAUCCCCCCUUUUAUUAAAAAUGGUAGAUAUAAAAACCCUUUUUUUAACCUGGUAGACAAAUUAAACCCUUUUUUAAACCCUUUUUUAAAACCGGGUGGGAUAUAUAAACCCCUUUAUUAACCCUUUUUUACCCUGGUAGACAAAUUUUAAACCCCCUUUAUUAACCCCUUUUUUAAAACCGGGGUGGGGAAUAUUUCCCCCUUUUUUAAAAACUGGUGACUAUAUAAACCCUUUUUUAAACCUGGAAAGGACUAAAAAACCCCCUUUUUUAACCGGGGUUAGACUAUAAAACCCCUUUAUUCCCCCUUUUUUUAAUUAGACUAAAAAAAACCCCUUUAUUAACCCCUUUUUUGGGGGGACUAUAUCAACCCUUUUUUAACCUUUAUUAACCUGGUAGACUUUUAAAAACCCCCUUUAAAAAUUAAAAAAAAAAACCCGGGGUAGGGAUAAAAAAACCCUUUUUUAAGGAAAGACUAAUAAACCCUUUUUAACCGGGUUAAACUUUUAAACCCCUUUUUUUCCCGGGGAAAAUUAUAUAAAACCCCUUUAUUAACCUGGUAACGAAUAUCAAACCCUUUUUUUAACCAUUUAAAAACCUUUUUCCGGAACUAUAAAAAAACCUUUUUUAAAACCUGGAGAUAUAAAACCCUUUAUUAACCGGGGGGAAAGCCCAAUUUUUAAAAACCCUUUUUUUAACCCUGGUGGGACAUAUAAACCCCCUUUAUCAACCCUUUUUAACGGUGACUUUUAAACCCUUUUUUAAACCCUGGGGGACUAUUUUCCCCUUUUUUAAAAAUGGGGGGGACUAAAAAAAAACCCCUUUUUAAACUGGGUAGGACAUAUAAACCCUUUUUUAACCCUUUUUUUCCCUGGUAGACUAUAAAACCCUUUAUUAACCCCUUUUUUAAAACCGGUGACUUAAAACCCCUUUAAAAAACCGGGGUUAGCUAAUAAAAACCCUUUUUAACCUGGAGACAAAAAAAACCCCUUUUCCCUUUAUUAACCUGGUAAAAUUAAUAAAACCCUUUAUUAACCGGGGAAUAAUAAACCCUUUUUUAAACCGGGAAAAUAUAAAAAACCCUUUUUUAAACCCUGGUAGGAACUAUAUCAACCCUUUUUUAAACCUUUGGUAGAUAUAAAAAACCCUUUUUUAAACCUGGUGGGACUAUAAAACCCUUUUUUAAACCGGUAGAUAAAAAAAAAACCCCUUUAUUAACGGGUUUAGACUAUAAAAACCCUUAUUAACCGGGUUAGAAUAUAUCCCCCCUUUUAUUAACGGGGUAGAACUAAUAAACCCUUUUUUAAACCCGGGGAAAGGGAAUAUAAAAACCCUUUAUAACCCCCAACAAAUUAAACCCCCUUUUUUAAAGGGGUAGAUAUACAACCCUUUUUAAAAGGGGGGGAAACAAUAAAAAACCCUUUAUUAACCCCCACUAUAUCAACCCUUUAAAACCUACCUUUUCCCCCUUUUUAACCCGGGGUGGGACUAAAAAACCCCUUUUAUCCCCCUUGAAUUAGACUUUAUAAACCCCUUUUAAAAAACCCUGUAGACUAAAAAACCCCUUUUAUUAACCUGGUGGGACUAUAUAAACCCUUUUUUAACCCGGGUAGACUAAAAUAACCCCUUUUUAUUAAAAAAAAAACCUGGUGACAUAAAACCCUUAUUAACCGGGUUUAGACUUUUAAAAACCCCUUUUUAAAACCCGGGGAAAGCCCAUAAAACCCCUUUUAUUAACCCUUUUUUAAACCCGGGUUUCGUUUUUAUAAAACCCUUUUUUAAACCCUGGUAGACAUAAAAACCCUUUAUUAACCCUUUUUUAACCUGGUGGAAAUAUCCCCCCUUUUUUAUUAACCUGGUAGACUAUAUCAACCCUUUAUUAACCUGGGAAAUUUUAACUAAAAAACCCUUUUUUUAACCCUUGGUGGGCCUAUUUUAAACCCCUUUUUUAAACCCUGGUGGGGCCUUUUUAAAAACCCUUUAAACCCUUGGUGGGGAUAUAAAACCCUUUUUUAAACCUGGUAGAAUAUAAAACCCUUUUUUUAAACCUGGAAAGACUAUUUUAAACGUUUUAUUAACCUGGUAGACUAAAAAACCCUUUUUUAAACCCUGGAGACUAUUUUGAACCCUUUUUUAAACCCGGGUACGAUAAAAAAAGCUUUUUAAACCCGGGUAGCCUAUAUAACCCUUUAUUAACCUGGUGACUAUUUUAAACCCUUUUUUUAAACCGGGUAGACUAAUAAAACCCUUUUAUUAACCUGGUGACUAAUAAACCUGUUUUAAACCUUGGUAGACUAUAGGAACCCUUUUUUAAACCCGGGUUGACUAUAUAAACCCGUUUUAACUGGAGACUAAAAAACCCUUUAUUAACCUGGUAACUAUAUGAAACCCUUAUUAACCUGGUUUAGACUUAUAAACGCUUUAAACCUGGGAAACCCUAUUUUAAAAAAACCCCCUUUUUUUAAACCUGGUAGACAAAAAAAAACCCUUUUUUAAAACCUGGUAAAACUAUUUUGAACCCUUUUUUAAAACCGGGGAAGGACUAUAUAAACCCUGUUUAAAACGGGGUAGACUAUAUAAACCCCUUUUUUAAUGGUGACUAUAAAAACCCCUUUUUUAAACCCUGGUGGGAUUUUAAAAAACCCUUUUUAAUGGUGGGACUAUAUCAACCCUUUUUUAAACCGGGUUAGACAAAAAACCCCUAUUUUUAACGGGGUUAAGACUAUAUAAACCCUUUUUUAAAACCUGGUAAAGGGACUUUUAAAAAACCCUUUUUUAAACCCGGGUGGGGACUAUAUAAACCCUUUAUUAACCUGGUAGACUAUAUAAACCCUUUAUUAACCUGGUAGACUAUAUAAACCCUUUAUUAACCUGGUAGACUAUAUAAACCCUUUAUUAACCUGGUAGACUAUAUAAACCCUUUAUUAACCUGGUAGACUAUAUGAACCCUUUAUUAACCUGGUAGACUAUAUAAACCCCUUAUUAAACCCUUUUUUUUAAACCGGGUAAAAUAUAUUAACCUUUUUUAAACCCUUUAUUAACCGGGUAGACAUUAAACCCCCUUUUUUUAACCUGGAGCCCAUAUAAACCCUUUUUUAAACCCGGGUAGAUAUAAAAACCCCUUUUUAAAACUGGUAGGUAGACUAUAAAAAACCCUUUUUUAACCUGGUGGGAAUAUAUCAACCCUUUUUUCCCCCUUGGUAGAUAAAAAAAAACCCUUUUUUAAAUGGUAGAUAUUAAAACCCUUUAUUAACCUGGUAGACUAUAUCAACCCUUUAUUAACCUGGUAGACUAUAUCAACCCUUUAACCUGGAGAUUAAAAUAAAACCCUUUUUUAAACCGGGUAGACAUUUUAAACCCUUUUUUAAAACCCUUUUUUAACUGUUAGACUAUAUAAACCCCUUUAAAACCCUGGUGGGAAUUUUUAAACCCUUUUUUAAACCGGGUAGCUAUAUAAACCCUUUUUUAAACCCUUUGGUAGACUAUAUAAACCCUUUUUUAAACCCGGGGUAGGACAUAAAACCCCUUUUUUAAACCCUGUUGGACUAAAAAACCCCUUUUUUAAACCCUGGUAAAAACUAAAAAACCCCUUUUUAAACCCUGGUAGACUAUUAAACCCUUUAUUAACCGGGGGUGACUAUAAAAACCCUUUAAAAAACCCGGGGUAGACUUUUAAAAACCCCUUUAUUAACUGGUGGGAACUAAAAACCCCUUUUUAACCUGUUAGGACUAUAUAAACCCUUUUUUAAACCUGGUAGAACAAAAAACCCCUUUUUUAAAACCCGGGGUAGACUAUUAUGAACCCUUUAAACCCUUGGUAGACUAAUAAACCCCUUUUUUAAACCCGGGGAGACUAUAAAAACCCCUUUAAACCUGGUAAAAUAUAUAAACCCCUUUUUAAACCUGGUAGAUAUUUUAAACCCUUUUUUAACCCGGGGUUUAAAAUAUAUAAACCCUUUUUAAACCCUGGUAGACUAUAAACCCCUUUUUUUAACCGGGGGGGACAUAUCAACCCUUUUUUAAAACCUGGUAGACAAAUUUUAACCCUUUUUUAAACCCCUUUUUUAACCCUGUUAGACUAUUAAAAAACCCUUUUUUAAACCCCCUUUUUUCCCUGGGGUAGACUAUAUCAACCCUUUAACCGGGAGCUAUAUAAACCCUUUUUUAAAACCCUUUUUUAAAAAUGGUGGAUUUUUCAAUUUUUUAAACCUGGGACUAUAAAACCCCUUUUUUUAAACCCUUGGGGACUAUUUUAAACCCCCCUUUUUUAACCCUUAUUAACCUGGGGGGGAAUAUACCCAAACCCUUUUUUAACCGGGAAACCCUAUAAAAACCCCCCUUUUUUAAACCGGUGGGACUAUAUCAACCCUUUUAACUGGAAAGGCCAAAUAAACCCUUUAUUAAACCCUUUAUUAACCUGGUAGACUAUAUAAACCCCUUUUUUAAACCUGGGUAGACUAUAAAAACCCCUUUUAAAAAAAACCGGGUUUAGACUAUUUUAAAACCUUUAAAACCGGGUUUGGGACUAUAAAAACCCCUUUAUUAACCUGGUAGACUAUAUAAACCCUUUUUUAACCCUGGAGACUAUUGAACCCUUUUUUAACCCGGGUUGCUAUAAAAACCCUUUUGUUUAACCGGUGGGGAACUAUUAAAACCCCUUUUUUAACCCGGGAAAAGACUAUAUCAACCCUUUAUUAACCGGGUUGAUUUAAUCAACCCUUUUUAAACCCGGGGAGACUUUUAAAAACCCCUUUAUUACCUGGGGAACUAUAAAAAAACCUUUUAUAGAUCCUUUUUUAACCUUUUUAAAAAGGCCCCAAAAAAUGACUAUAACACUUUUCCCCCCCUUUUAACCCAAUUUUUAAAAAAACCCUGUUGUAAAUCAUCUAUAAGCCCUUUUAUAAAACACAGAGUUCCUGAGAGACUAGCUAGAGGAUACCUCCGUUUCGGAGUCUAUAACACUCUAUAAAGCCUUUAUAACCCCUGUGUGUAGUUCCAGGUGUCCUGCUGGUUCCUAAGGGACUGUUUAGAGAGAGGAGGAAUCCUCCGUUUUGCAGCCAUCACAUUUAUAACACCCAUAUGAACCCCUAUAAAUGUGUUUAUAAUCUCUUUAUGAACCCUUUAUAACCUCCAGGUGUCCCGGAGGUUCCUGAGGGACUGGUUAGAGAGGAGGAAGCCUCCGUUUGGAGUCAUCAGUUCUGUGGUGCUCCUGAUGAUCAUCUACACAACCUUCUGUGAGACCUUCUCUAACCCUGAUGUUGAACUGGACCACCUCAGCCUACUGCUUAUCACCUUCAUCAGUGAGUCUCUCUCUCUGUCUUCUCUCUGUCUCUCUGUCUCUCUCUCUGUCUCUCUCUCUCUCUGUCUCUCUCUGUCUCUCUCUCUCUGUCUUCUCUCUCUCUCUCUCUUUCUGCUGUAUUUCUCAUGUCUGUCUUCUGUUCUGCGUGUCUAUGGUCUCUAAAACUCUAUCUGAUGUGUCUCUAUCUCUCUCUUAUCGAUCCUCUCGUUCUAUUUCUGUCUGUCUCAUAUCUGUCUUUUGCUUGUUCUCUAUCUUCUAUCUGAUCGUUGUCUCUCUUCUGUCUAUCUGAUCUAUGCGUUGUCUCUCUUUCUCUCUCUGAUAUCUUCUCCCAUAUUCCUCUCUCAUGCUCUAUUCUGUGUGAUGGUGUACAUGCGUGGUGUUUAAAGUAUUCUGUCUAAACCCUCUGAUCUGAUGCGUUGUCUCUCCCCAGUAUUCUGUCUAAACCCUCUGAUCUGAUGCGUUGUCUCUCCCCAGUAUUCUGUCUAAACCCUCUGAUCUGAUGCGUUGUCUCUCCCCAGUAUUCUGUCUAAACCCUCUGAUCUGAUGCCUUGUCUCUCCCCAGUAUUCUGCAUCCAGCUGAGCUUCAUGCUGUUGACGUUUGUCUUCUCCACACGGUGAGUUUAACAUUAUACUGUAUAUCUAGUACUGUCCUGCUGCAGCCACUGGCAUUAUACUGUAUAUCUAGUACUGUCCUGCUGCAGCCACUAGCAUUAUACUGUAUAUCUAGUACUGUCCUGCUGCAGCUACUGGCAUUAUACUGUAUAUCUAGUACUGUCCUGCUGCAGCCACUAGCAUUAUACUGUAUAUCUAGUACUGUCCUGCUGCAGCCACUGGCAUUAUACUGUAUAUCUAGUACUGUCCUGCUGCAGCCACUAGCAUUAUACUGUAUAUCUAGUACUGUCCUGCUGCAGCCAACUAGCAUUAUACUGUAUAUCUAGUACUGUCCUGCUGCAGCCACUAGCAUUAUACUGUAUAUCUAGUACUGUCCUGCUGCAGCCACUAGCAUUAUACUGUAUAUCUAGUACUGUCCUGCUGCAGCCACAAGCAUUAUACUGUAUAUCUAGUACUGUCCUGCUGCAGCUACUGGCAUUAUACUGUAUAUCUAGUACUGUCCUGCUGCAGCCACUAGCAUUAUACUGUAUAUCUAGUACUGUCCUGUAUAUCUAGUACUGUCCUGCUGCAGCCACUAGCAUUAUACUGUAUAUCUAGUACUGUCCUGCUGCAGCCACUGGCAUUAUACUGUAUAUCUAGUACUGUCCUGCUGCAGCCACUAGCAUUAUACUGUUAUCUAGUACUGUCCUGCUGCAGCUACUGGCAUUAUACUGUAUAUCUAGUACUGUCCUGCUGCAGCUACUGGCAUUAUACUGUAUAUCUAGUACUGUCCUGCUCUGCAGCACUAGCAUUAUCGGUAUAUCUAGUACUGUCUGCUGCAGCCACUAGCAUUAUACUGUAUAUCUAGUACUGUCCUGCUGCAGCACUAGCAUUAUACUGUAUAUCUAGUACUGUCCUGCUUGCAGCCAUACUAGCAUUAUACUGUAUAUCUAGUACUGUCCUGCUGCAGCACACUAGACAUGUAUAACUGUAUAUCUAGUACUGUCCUGCUGGCAGCCCUAGCAUAUACUGUAUAUCUAGUACUGUCACUGUCCUGCUGCAGCCACUAGCAUUAUACUGUAUAUCUAGUACUGUCCUGCUGCAGCCACUAGCAUUAUACUGUAUAUCUAGUACUGUCCUGCUGCAGCCACUAGCAUUAUACUGUAUAUCUAGUACUGUCCUGCUGCAGCCACUAGCAUUAUACUGUAUAUCUAGUACUGUCCUGCUGCAGCCACUAGCAUUAUACUGUAUAUCUAGUACUGUCCUGCUGCAGCCACUAGCAUUAUACUGUAUAUCUAGUACUGUCCUGCUGCAGCCACUAGCAUUAUACUGUAUAUCUAGUACUGUCCUGCUGCAGCCACUAGCAUUAUACUGUAUAUCUAGUACUGUCCUGCUGCAGCCACUAGCAUUAUACUGUAUAUCUAGUACUGUCCUGCUGCAGCUACUGGCAUUAUACUGUAUAUCUAGUACUGUCCUGCUGCAGCCACUAGCAUUAUACUGUAUAUCUAGUACUGUCCUGCUGCAGCCACUAGCAUUAUACUGUAUAUCUAGUACUGUCCUGCUGCAGCCACUAGCAUUAUACUGUAUAUCUAGUACUGUCCUGCUGCAGCCACUAGCAUUAUACUGUAUAUCUAGUACUGUCCUGCUGCAGCCACUAGCAUUAUACUGUAUAUCUAGUACUGUCCUGCUGCAGCAAUUAGCAUUAUACUGUACAGUGCAUUCGGAAAGUAUUCAGACCCAUUGACUUUUUCCACAUUUUGUUACGUUACAGCCUUAUUGUAAAAUGGAUAAAAAAAUAAUAACUCUCAGCAAUCUACACACAAUACCCCGUAAUGACAAAGCGACAACAGAUUUAUUUAGAAAGUUUAGCAAAUAUAUUAAAAAUAAAAUAUUCAUACCCUUUGCUAUGAGACUCGAAAUUGAGUUCAGGUCCAUCCUGUUUCCCAUUGAUCAUCCUUGAUGUUUCUACAACUUGAUUGGAAUCCACCUGUGGUAAAUUCUAUUGAUUGGACAUGAUUUGGAAAGGCACACACCUGUCUAUAUAAGGUCUCACAGUUGACAGUGCAUGUCAGAGCAAAAACUAAGCCAUGAGGUCGAAGGAAUUGUCCGUAGAGCUCCGAGACAGGAUUGUGUCGAGACAUAGAUCUGAGGAAGGGUACCAAAACAUGUCUGCAGCAUUGAAGGUCCCUAAGAACCCUGUGGCCUCCAUCAUUCUUUAAAUGGAAGAAGUUUGGAACCACUACGACAUGGCCAAAAGUAUGUGGAUACCCCUUCAAAUUAGUGGAUUCGGCUAUUUCAGCCAUACCCGUUGCUGACAGGUGUAUAAAAUUGAGCACACAGCCAUGCAAUCUCCAUAGACAAACAUUGGCAGUAGAAUGGCCUUACUGAAGAGCUCAGUGGCUUUCAACGUGGCACCGUCAUAGGAUGCCACCUUUCCAACAAGUCAGUUCGUCAAAUUUCUGCCCUGCUAGAGCUGCCCCGGUCAACUGUAAGUGCUGUUAUUGUGAAGUGGAAACGUCUAGGAGCAACAACGUCUAGGAGCAACAACGGCUCAGCCGCGAAGUGGUAGACCACACAAGCUCACAGAACGGGACCGCCAAGUGCUGAAGCACGUAGCGCGUAAAAUUAGUCGGUCCUCGGUUGCGGCAUUCACUACCGAGUUCCAAACUGCCUCUGGAAGCAACGUCAGCACACUAACUGUUGGCCGAGCAGCUGCACACAAGCCUAAGAUCACAAUGCCAAGCGUCGGCUGGAGUGGUGUAAAGCUCGCUGCCAUUGGACUCUGGAGCAGUGGAAACGCGUUCUCUGGAGUGAUGAGUCACGCUUCACCAUCUGGCAGUCCGACGGACGAAUCUGGGUUUGGCGGAUGCCAGGAGAACUCUACCUGCCCCAAUGCAUAGUGCCGACUGUAAAGUUUGGUGGAGGAGGAAUAAUGGUCUGGGGCUGUUUUUCAUGGUUGGGGCUAGGCUCCUUAGUUCCAGUGAAGGGAAAUCUUAACGCUACAGCAUACAAUGACAUUCUAGACGAUUCUGUGCUUCCAACUUUGUGGCAACAAGGCCCUUUCUUGCUUCAGCAUGACAAUGCCCCCUGUGCACAAAGCGAGGUCCAUACAAAGGUGGUUUGUCGAGAUCGGUGUGGAAGAACUUGACUGGCCUGCACAGAGCCCUGACCUCAACCCCAUCGAACACCUUUGGGAUGAAUUGGAACGCCGACUGCGAGCCAGGCCUAAUCGCCCAACAUCAGUGCCCAACCUCACUAAUGCUCUUGUGGCUGAAUGGAAGCAAGUCCCCGCAGCAACGUUCCAACAUCUAGUAGAAAGCCUUCCCAGAAGAGUGGAGGCAGUUAUAGCAGCAAAGGGGGGACCAACUCCAUAUUAAUGCCCAUGAUUUUGGAAGGAGAUGUUUGACGAGCAGGUGUCCACAUACUUUUGGCCAUGUAGUGUAUAUCUAGCACGGUUCCUAUCCUGCUGUUGCUGCAGUCGCAUCUAGGAUUAUGGGGCGAACUCUAUUAAUCUCUACAGCCACUCUAGUAUUAUGGAGCUAACUAUUAAUCUCUACAGCCACUCUGGGAUUAUGGGGCUAACUAUUAAUCUCUACAGCCACUCUAGUAUUAUGGAGCUAACUAUUAAUCUCUACAGCCACUCUGGGAUUAUGGAGCGAACUCUAUUAAUCUCUACAGCCACUCUGGGAUUAUGGGGCUAACUAUUAAUCUCUACAGCCACUCUAGUAUUAUGGAGCUAACUAUUAAUCUCUACAGCCACUCUGGGAUUAUGGAGCUAACUAUUAAUCUCUACAGCCACUCUAGUAUUAUGGAGCUAACUAUUAAUCUCUACAGCCACUCUAGUAUUAUGGAGCUAACUAUUAAUCUCUACAGCCACUCUGGGAUUAUGGAGCGAACUCUAUUAAUCUCUACAGCCACUCUAGUAUUAUGGAGCUAACUAUUAAUCUCUACAGCCACUCUGGGAUUAUGGGGCUAACUAUUAAUCUCUACAGCCACUCUAGUAUUAUGGAGCUAACUCUAUUAAUCUCUACAGCCACUCUGGGAUUAUGGAGCGAACUCUAUUAAUCUCAUGCUGUAAAAUGUCAUCCAAUGUACUCCGACUGAUGUUGUAAAUGUGCGUGUUAGUCAGUCUCUGAUCUCUCUCUCUCUCUCCUCUCUUGUCUCUGCUUGUCUCUCCUCUCUCUCUCUCUCGUCUCUCUCUCUCUCUCCUCUCUCUCUCUCUCUCUCUCUCUCUCUCUCCUCUCUUCUCUGUCUCUGCUCUGUCUCUGCUCUCUCUCUCUCUCCUCUCUCUCUGUCUCUCUCCCUCUCUUCCCUGUCUCUCUCUCUCUCUCUCUCUCUCUCUCUCUCCCCCCCCCCCCCCUCCUGUAGGAAACAGUCUGGUUUUACUCCAGCAGACACAGUAGCUAUUAUGUUCUGUGCUACACACAAAUCACUCACCCUGGGUAAGUGGACAAUUAUUAUUAUGUUUUAUUUAUUUAACCUUUUAUUUUAUCAGGGAGUCAUACUGAGACCAAAGUGAGCCCUGAAUGACAUAAAUUACAUUUAAUAAUAAAUAAUAUAACACAUCAAAAUAUAAAUACAUGCAGAAAGAAAAGCACAGUCAUAAGAACCAAACACAUUCAUCAGUAAUCAGGUCCUCAAUCAGCCUUCUGAAAUGAAACUUCUACAUUGACCAGAUUGUAUUUGUAGGGGGUAGAUCAGCUUUAAUAUUGCAGAUAUAUUGUGGCUUCCAUCAAUAUAAUUGUCUGCAUCAUUUCCAAUCCCAUAUAUAUAUAUAUAUUUGUAACUAUAUAUUAUUUUAAAUAUACACUACCAUUCAAAGGUUUGGGGUCACUUAGACAUUUCCUUGUUUUCCAUGAAAACUUACAUGAAAUGAGUUUGAAUUGGAAAUAUAGCAAAAUGAAUAGGAAAUGAAGUCCUUUACAAGGUUAUAAAUAAUGUUUUUUUAAAUUGAAAUAAUAAUUGUGUCCUUCAAACUUUGCUUCCGUCAAAGAAUCCUCCAUUUGCAGCAUUUACAGCCUUGCAGACCUUUGGCAUUCUAGUUGUCAAUUUGUUGAGGUAAUCUGAAGAGAUUUCACCCCAUGCUUCCUGAAGCACCUCUCACAAGUUGGAUUGGCUUGAUGGGCACUUCUUACGUACCAUACGGUCAAGCUGCUCCCACAACAGCUCAAUAGGGUUGAGAUCCGGUGACUGUGCUGGCCACUCCAUUAUAGACAGAAUACCAGCUGACUGCUUCUUCCCUAAAUAGUUAUUGCAUAGUUUGGAGCUGUGCUUUGGGUCAUUGUAGGAGGAAAUUGGCUCCAAUCAAGCGCCGUCCACAGGGUAUGGCAUGGCGUUGCAAAAUGGAGUGAUAGCCUUCCUUCUUCAAGAUCGCUUUUACCCUGUACAAAUCUCCCACUUUACCACCACCAAAGCACCCCCAGACCAUCACAUUGCCUCCACCAUGCUUGACAGAUGGCAUCAAGCACUCCUCCAGCAUCUUUUCAUUUGGUCUGGGUCUCACAAAUGUUCUUCUUUGUGAUCCAAACACCUCAAACUUUGAUUUGUCUGUCCAUAAUACGUUUUUCCAAUCUUCCUCUGUCCAGUGUCUGUGUUCUUUUGCCCAUCUUAAUCUUUUCUUUUUAUUGGCCAGUCUGAGAUAUGGCUUUUUCUUUGCAACUCUGCCUAGAAGGUCAGCAUCCCGGAGUCGCCUCUUCACUGUUGACGUUGAGACUGGUGUUUUGCGGGUACUAUUUAAUGAAGCUGCCAGUUGAGGACCUGUGAGGCGUCUGUUUCUCAAACUAGACACUCUAAUGUAUUUGUCCUCUUGCUCAGUUGUGCACCGGGGCCUCCCACUCCUCUUUCUAUUCUGGUUAGAGCCAGUUUGCGCUGUUCUGUGAAGGGAGUAGUACACAGCGUUGUACAAGAUCUUCAGUUUCUUGGCAAUUUCUCACAUGGAAUAGCCUUCAUUUCUCAGAACAAGAAUAGACUGACGAGUUUCAGAAGAAAGUUAUUUGUUUUGGGCCAUUUUGAGCCUGUAAUCGAACCCACAAUUGCUGAUGCUCCAGAUACUCAACUAGUCUCAAGAAGGCCAGUUGUAUUGUCUAACUGUAAGUCGCUCUGGAUAAGAGCGUCUGCUAAAUGACGUAAAUGUAAAUGUAAUGUAUUGCUUCUUUAAUCAGCACAACAGUUUUCAGCUGUGCUAACAUAAUUGCAAAAGGUUUUUCUAAUGAUCAAUUAGCCUUUUAAAAUGAUAAACUUGGAUUAGCAAACACAACCUGCCAUUGGAACACAGGACUGAAGGUUGCUGAUAAUGGGCCUCUGUACGCCUAUGUAGAUAUUCCAUUAAAAAUCAGCCGUUUCCAGCUACAAUAGCCAUUUACAACAUUAACAAUGUCUACACUGUAUUUCUGAUCAAUUUGAUGUUAUUUUAAUGGACAAAAAAUGUGCUUUUCUUUCGAAAAAAAUGACAUUUCUAAGUGACCCCAAACUUUUUUGAAUGGUAGUGUACAUUUUAGAAAACAUUUCAGAGAUAAGAAAGAUCUUAGCUGAGAGUUAAUCAAGGAUUCUAAUAUUUUAGCUAGGCAAGAAAGUUUAGAAAUAGGCAGAUCAUUAUUUAGGUCAGAGGUCAAGGGUCACCACCUUUUGUGAAGGGGGAGUACAUGGGCCACCUUCCAAACCUUGGUGAUAGUACCAGAUAUAUAGUGCCUUGCAAAAGUAUUCAUCCCCCUUGGCGUUUUUCCAAUUUUGUUGCAUUACAACCUGUAAUUUUAAAUAGAUUUUUAUUUGGAUUUCAUGUAAUGGACAUACACAAAAUAGUCCAAAUUGGUGAAUUGAAAUGAAAAAAAUAACUUGUUUCAAAAAAUUAUAAAAAAUAAAUAACGGAAAAGUGGUGCGUGCAUAUGUAUUCACCCCCUUUGCUAUGAAGCCUCUAAAUAAGAUCUGGUGCAACCAAUUACCUUCAGAAGUCACAUAAUUAGUUAGAUUGCACACAGGUGGACUUUAUUUAAGUGUCACAUGAUCUCCAUGUCUCAUUAUAUAUACACCUGUUCUGAAAGGCCCCAGAGUCUGCAACACCACUAAGCAAGGGGCACCACCAAGCAAGCGGCACCAUGAAGACCAAGGAGCUCUCCAAACAGGUCAGGGACAAAGUUGUGGAGAAGUACAGAUCAGGGUUGGGUUAUAAAAAAAUUAUCCGAAACUUUGAACAUCCCACGGAGCACCAUUUUAAAUCCACUAUUAAAAAAUUUAAAGAAUAUGGCACCACAACAAACCUGCCAAGAGAGGGCCGCCCACCAAAACUCACGGACCAGGCAAGGAGGGCAUUAAUCAGAGGUAACAAAGAGACCAAAGAUAACCCUGAAGGAGCUGCAAAGCUCCACAGCGGAGAUUGGAGUAUCUGUCCAUAGGACCACUUUAAGCCGUACACUCCACAGAGCUGGGCUUUACGGAAGAGUGGCCAGAAAAAAGCCAUUUCUUAAAGAAAAAAAUAAGCAAACACGUUUGGUGUUCGCCAAAAGGCAUGUGGGAGACUCCCCAAACAUAUGGAAGAAGGUACUCUGGUCAGAUGAGACUAAAAUUGAGCUUUUUGGCCAUCAAGGAAAACACAAUGUCUGGCGCAAACAGAACACCUCUCAUCACCCCGAGAACACCAUCCCCACUGUGAAGCAUGGUGGUGGCAGCAUCAUGCAGUGGGGAUGUUUUUCAUAGGCAGGGACUGGGAAACUGGUCAGAAUUGAAGGAAUGAUGGAUGGCGCUAAAUACAGGGAAAUUCUGGAGGGAAACCUGUUUCAGUCUUCCAGAGAUUUGAGACUGGGAGGGAGGUUCACCUUCCAGCAGAACAAUGACCCUAACAUAACCACAAAUACGUGUAUUCUGGUUUAUGGACACAGCUACAACCAGGAGCUUGAAUUUCUUGGGAACAGAAAUAUUUUUGUUGACCAACUUUACUAACUGUAAAGACUCAAUGCACCCACUGUGUGAAUAACAAAUACCAUGAAUUAGAUCAAUUCCAUUCCAAUAAUUCCAUUCCAAUAAUUCCAUUCCAAUAAUACUGUUCCAUUCCAAUAAUUCCAUUCCAAUAAUACGGUUCCAUUCCAAUAAUUCCAUUCCAAUAAUACGGUUCCAUUCCAAUAAUUCCAUUCCAAUAAUACGGUUCCAUUCCAAUAAUUCCAUUCCAAUAAUACUGUUCCAUUCCAAUAAUACGGUUCCAUUCCAAUAAUACGGUUUCCAUCCAAUUCCAUUCCAAUAAUACUGUUCCAUUCCAAUAAUACGGUUCCAUUCCAAUAAUUCCAUUCCAAUAAUACGGUUCCAUUCCAAUAAUUCCAUUCCAAUAAUACGGUUCCAUUCCAAUAAUACCAUGAAAAUGAUACAGAUAUGGAUCAAGCUGAGCUUGUUUCCCAAAUGGUAAUAAUAUGUAUUUUCUCUUUCUUUACCCCUCCCUCUGUCCAGGUAUCCCAAUGUUAAAGAUAGUGUUUGAGGGGUAUGAGCAUCUCUCUCUGAUCUCCGUCCCCCUCCUCAUCUAUCACCCAGCUCAGAUCCUACUGGGUUCAAUACUGGUCCCAACCAUCAGGGGCUGGAUGAACGGCAGACAGAAGGUACACAACACACAGAGAUAUCAGAAGGUACACAACACAACACACAGAGAUAUCAGAAGGUACACAACACACAGAGAUAUCAGAAGGUACACAACACAACACACAGAGAUAUCAGAAGGUACACAACACACAGAGAUAUCAGAAGGUACACAACACAACACACAGAGAUAUCAGAAGGUACACAACACACAGAGAUAUCAGAAGGUACACAACCACACAAUAUCAACCACAACAGAGAUAUCAGAAGGUACACAAACACAAGAUAUCAGAACAAACACACAGAGAUAUCAGAAGGUACACAACAACAACACACGAGAUAUCAGAAGGUACACCAACACACAGAGAUAUCAGAAGGUACACAACACAACACACAGAGAUAUCAGAAGGUACACACACACAGAGAUAUCAGAAGGUACACAACACACACACAGAGAUAUCAGAGACACAACACACAAGAUAUCAGAGCACACAACACACGAGAUAUCAGAAGGUCACACACACAACACACAGAGAUAUCAGAAGGUACACAACACACAAGAUAUCAGAAGGCACACAACAACACAGAGAUAUCAGAAGGUACCACACAACACACAGAGAUAUCAGAAGGUACACAACACACAGAGAUAUCAGAAGGCACACACACAACACACAGAGAUAUCAGAAGGCACACAACAACGAACACACAGAGAUAUCAGAAGGACACAAACACAGAGAUACAACACACAGAGAUAUCAGAAGGUACACAACAACACAAGAUAUCAGAAGGCACACAACACAACACACAGAGAUAUCAGAAGGUACACAACACACAGAGAUAUCAGAAGGCACACAACACACAGAGAUAUCAGAAGGUACACAACACACAGAGAUAUCAAGUAAGUACACAACACACAGAGAUAUCAGAAGACACAACACACAGAGAUAUCAGAAGGCAAAAACCCAACACUAUCAGAAGGACACAACACACAGAGAUAUCAGAAGGUACACAAUCCACACACAGAGAUAUCAGAAGGUACACAACACACACAGAGAUAUCAGAAGGCACACAACAAACACACAGAGAUAUCAGAAGGCACAACCACACAACCACACAGAGAUAUCAGAAGGUACACAACACACAGAGAUAUCAGAAGGCACACAACACAACACCAGAGAUAUCAGAAGGACAACACACACAGAGAUAUCAGAAGGUACACAACACACAGAGAUAUCAGAAGGCACACAACACAACACACAGAGAUAUCAGAAGGCACACAACACAACACACAGAGAUAUCAGAAGGCACACAACACAACACACAGAGAAUCAGAAGGUACACACACACAGAGAUAUCACAACACAACACACAGAGAUAUCAGAAGGCACACACAACCAACACCAGAGAUAUCAGAAGGCACAACACAACACACAGAGAUAUCAGAAGGCACACAACACAAGAGAAUCAAAGGUACAAACACACAGAGUUUCUAUCACAGAAGGUACACAACACAACACACAGAGAUAUCAGAAGGCACACAACACAACACACAGAGAUAUCAGAAGGCACACAACACAACACACAGAGAUAUCAGAAGGUACACAACACACAGAGAUAUCAGAAGGCACACAACACAACACACAUAGAUAUCAGAAGGCACACAACACAACACACAGAGAUAUCAGAAGGUACACAACACACAGAGAUAUUCAGAAGGUACACAACAUAACACACAGAGAUCUCAGAAGGCACACACAUAACACACAGAGAUAUCAGAAGGCACACAAACAACACACAGAGAUAUCAGAAGGCACACAACACAACACACAGAGAUAUCAGGACAGGCACACAACACAACACACAGGAUAUCAGAAGGCUACACAACACAACACACAGGAUAUCAGAAGGCACACAACACAACACACAGAGAUAUCAGAAGGCACACAACACACACACAGAGAUAUCAGAAGGACACAACCACACACAGAGAUAUCAGAAGGUACACAACACACAGAGAUAUCAGAAGGUAACAACACACAGAGAUAUCAGAAGGUACACAACACACAGAGAUAUCAGAAGGUACACAACACACAGAGAUAUCAGAAGGUACACAACACACAGAGAUAUCAGAAGGUACACAACACAACACACAGAGAUAUCAGAAGGUACACAACACAGAGAUAUCAGAAGGUACACAACACACAGAGAUAUCAGAAGGUACACAACACACAGAGAUAUCAGAAGGUACACAACACAACACACAGAGAUAUCAGAAGGUACACAACACAACACACAGAGAUAUCAGAAGGUACACAACACACAGAGAUAUCUAUCUAUCUAUCACACCAGCCUUAUCUAACUGGGUCCCUCCGUUCUCUUCUCCCUGGUACAGCCUAGUCUUUUAUUGCAUUGAUACCUCCAGUACUCUACCUGUCCGGUCUGUGUGAGUAGAGCAACAUCACCUAACCUGUCUGUGUCUAGCCCAUUAACACAGAGCUACUCACCUGGACUUAAUUGGUCACAAAUGGUGCUAAUUGGCGAUUUAAUUAAUUGGUCUUAAUUCCUCAUUAAUUCUGAUAGAAUGCUUUAAUGUCGGUUUGGAGUGGGCAAAUCUAACUCGCUUGUGAAAUAUAAAGUUAUUACCAAUUUAAAUCACUGUUGUUUUGGCAGGGGAGGGUUUUGGCAAGGGAGGGUUGAACUGUGAUGAUGGCGGCUGGGUCAUUUUUUAUAAUUGUUACUUUUUUGCUAAAUGUAGCAUCAACGUCAGUCAACACCUGUUAAAUCAAAUAUUGUGUGUGCGCAUCUGUGUGUCCACAGGGAGUGAAGCUGACCGACCUGCAGCCCAUCUGAAGUGGACUCGGUGUCCAAUUCCCUACACUUCUCCCCAAAGUGUGCACUCAUUCACUCCCCCUCAUGGGGAGUAUCAUUUAUACUGUGACAGAAGGGACUACUUUCUUCCUCCUACGUAUCUCUCUGGCGGAGGGAUACAUACAGAAUCAAAAGUGCCUUAUCACAACCACCUGAGACCUCGGGCAAGACUCGCAACAAGUAGUCCUGCGCCUAACUGUUGUGAUGGUUACUAUGACACAACUUGUAUGAUGAUUCCAUGGUUUACUUUUAUACGAACAUAGAAGUCACUAUUUUUUGUAUCCCCAUGAAGAUGUUGUCAACUUCCUGUGAGACAAGAAGUACUACUGAUCAUCACAGGAAGUGGAUUCUGAGACGGCACCACCUGCCAUGGGCGGACAGACUGGCUGGGACUUUGUCCUCUUUCUAACUCUUUUUCUGGGGAUGUUACGUCAAUUAUAAGACUCUUUCUGACAAUCGGUGUUUAUAUGGUGUUGGACAACACUAGUUUACUGACUGUUUCUUACGCUUGUUUAGGCUUUUGGGGGGGGGGGAUUU